CUGCAAGUUUGAUGGCCUUCUCCUCCCUGGAAUGCGAUUCUGCACCUUUAAAGAAUGAUGGAUGGCUGUAGUUCCUCCUCUUCAGCUAGCAGUGUUUAUUCUGCAGCAUGUGCUUUGUGUCUUGCUUAAUACUAAUUCACAUAAAAUCCCAGUGAAGAAGAGCCACCCAUCUACACAUAUGGAAAUAGUCUCGACACGCAGUAACAAUAAUCAUCCAAGAGAGCUGGGAGUUAGAAAGCUAUGAACAGCUAAAAAUUAUGAUACAGACAAGUGGUAAAUGUGGGAGAAAAGGCAGUUAAAAGGAGAAAACCACUGAAUGUAAAUGGGCUAUUACUUCAAUCAACCAAUUAGAAAUCUGAAGUCUCUCUUCUGUCUCUUCUAGGGCAACAAUAUAAUUAAUUAAAAGGAAAUGUCUGAAUGCGUCUAAGUUCUGCUUCUGUAUGUCAUUCACCAUAGGGUCCGGGAGAGUCAACCAGGCCUCCCAUGAACUAAUAAAUAUAAACCAUAAAAAAAAAAAAAAAAAGAAGAAGCCACAAAGAUGUUUCAUGCCCCGUUGACAUCACGGGUCAGCUGACUCUCCUCUUCCACUCAGUGAAUGACUAGCUGGAGUCUUUUCUGUCUCAGAACCGGGGUUGAGUUAACACUCUUUCAGGCCUCAUAGGCGACCACAGAACCACAAGCAAACUGCAAUCUCCAAUUUAGAAGAGUACCUGUACCUCAGCGAGGAGGUUUUUCCCCCCCACCCCAGUUGUUAACACCAGCUGUAUUUUUGUCUGUCUAGGGUAAGUUCCAUUCAUUCAUUCAUUUUGCUCUCCAUACCUUACGCCGCCCUCUGUCUAUCUCUUUGCAAACCCUGUUUUCUUCCCCCCCUUUCGUACUAAUGAUCCAGCGUGCAUAUGCUUCUGUUGAAAACCUUGUGGCUAAGCAUUCCUGUGGCACGGCAAAGCCAGAUUCUUGGUUACAAACAGGCACUUAGCUUCCUUGUGGAUUUCUCUCUCUCUCUCUCUCUCUCUUUUGUAUUUCAGUUCAAACUUAUUUUUUCAAGACUAGCGGGGGGAAUAUAAACAAACCACAAGGACUGGCUGAGGAAUCAUCUUGGGCUGGGGUCAUGGCUUCCAACAGCAUCUUUGACUCGUUUGCAACCUAUUCGCCCACCUUCCUCCGUGACCCCAGCACCAGCAGGCGCUUCACACCUCCCUCCACGGCCUUCCCCUGCGGUAAGAUGGGCGAGAACAGCGGGGCGCUGAGCGCGCCGGCGCCGGGCUCCCGAAGUCGGCCCGAGGUGCGCUCGGUGGUGGACGUGCUGGCGGACCACGCGGGCGAGCUGGUGCGGACAGACAGCCCCAACUUCUUGUGCUCGGUGCUGCCUUCACACUGGCGAUGCAACAAGACCCUGCCGGUGGCCUUCAAGGUGGUAGCCCUUGGAGAUGUACCUGAUGGGACUGUAGUAACGGUCAUGGCUGGAAACGAUGAGAAUUAUUCUGCAGAGCUCAGAAAUGCCUCCGCAGUCAUGAAAAAUCAAGUGGCAAGGUUUAAUGACCUGAGAUUUGUUGGGCGAAGUGGCAGAGGAAAAAGCUUUACAUUGACGAUCACAGUGUUCACAAACCCCACACAAGUCGCUACCUAUCACCGAGCCAUUAAAGUGACUGUGGAUGGACCCCGGGAGCCAAGAAGGCACAGACAAAAGCUAGAAGACCAAGCCAAGCCCUUCACAGACCGCUAUAGCGAACUGGAACGUCUGCGCCAGUCUAUGAGAGUUACCCAAACAACUCCCAACCCCCGAGGAUCCCUGACCGCCCCAGGCCACUUUGGGUCACAGACUCAGACUCCAAUACAAGGCACGUCGGAUCUGAGCCCCUUCUCUGACCCACGUCAGUUUGAUCGCUCCUUUCCCACACUGCCGACCCUGACCGAGACCAGGUUUUCCGACCCCCGGAUGCAUUACCCCGGCGCGAUGUCAGCGGCCUUCCCUUACCCCGCGACGCCCUCGGCCUCAGGGAUCAGUGGCAUCAGCAUGACCAGCAUGCCCACCACGACCCGCUUCCACCACACCUACCUUCCGCCACCCUACCCUGGCUCCACCCAGAACCAAAGUGGACCCUUCCAAACCAACCCCUCUCCUUACCAUUUGUACUACGGUACGUCGUCCGGAUCGUACCAAUUCUCCAUGGUGGCGGGGGGUGAGCGCUCACCCACAAGGAUGCUGUCCUCCUGCACGAGUGCCUCAGUGGGCAACAACUUAAUGAAUCCCAACCUUGCCAAUCAGAAUGAUGGCGUUGAUGCGGAUGGUAGUCACAGUAACUCGCCUACAGCCAUGACGACUACCGGGAGGAUGGAUGAAUCUGUCUGGAGACCCUACUAGGAAGGACUCAAGGAGGCACGUGUAACUUGAACCAAAUAAAACGCCCAUCAAUGUGUUACUCCUGUCAAUCGCAAAUAGAUCAAAAUGAGGCCUAGCACGGGACGUCUCCCAAUCUGAAGGCAAAUCAGGAUCCUUCCCUCACCAAUAUAGGUAACUGGCAAGCAAAGAUGGACCAGAGCUGUAUACAGUUCAAAACACACGUCCACAAGGCUUGAAUUGGUCACUCAGUGAGGUUCCUUUGGUCACUUUGAAAUGGGUGGAUUGUAUAUAGGAGUGUGUGGAAUCAGAUGUUUGUUAAUUGCCCAGCUGUGGCUAUGUUCAGAAUGCCUAUCCAUCAUCUCGCUCUUAACCAAAAAAACCCCUGUCCUCCUGCAGAAUCAUAGGUGUUAGAGAAAAUUUUAAAAAGGCCCCAGAAAUCAGCCAGUCCAUCUCUCUGCAAAUGCAGGAAGAAUGAACUAAGAAGCCUUAGCCACUCGCCCCCUCCGGAAAAGGGCCUUUAACCACCAAACGAACCAGAGCUGCCCGCAUCAGCUGAGACGUGAGUCUUGUUUACAGCAAAACAGAUGUGACUGGCUCUCGCUGACGCAGUUAAGGCUCUGAAGAACAUUGCUAGCGAGUGAGCAGGUAUCAGCCAUGUGAACAAGUGCUGUGAUAUGAUUUUGAAAGUGGUUGUAUUGUGAUUUUUUUUUGUUUGCUUGUUUUUAACAGUAACAUGGCUGAUCCCACGCUUGACGACCUCCCCAAUCCCCUUCCCAUAUGUUUACAUGAGAUGUAAUUUUUUAACACAAUGUGUUUUCCUUUCGUCCUGACCUGGACGUUAAUUUCUUGCUACUUCUAGUUAGUCUCGAUGGUUGCGUCCGAGACGAAGAAGGCGUUUGGGACAAUCCAGUGUGUGAGGUGCACUUACAAACACGUUUGCUGCAAAGAGGACUUGGAAGCCUUUGGAAUUAUAUGAAAUCCAGCGUAGCGGCUUCUCCUCGCUCAUUUCCAAGUGGCACGCAGGCAGUGCAGCAAUACGUAGUAUUUAUUUUAUGAUUCGCUUCCAUUUUUACACCCAGAGUGGCUCUACACACCAUGCAUUUGUGUUUAAAGAAAAGAGAUUGUCAGCUGAUUCUUAAAGUACUGACUGAGAUUUGACUGACCCCUCAGUUUUAAAUAAAAUGUAACCCCCUGGCUUUAUUUUAGACAAAUGAAAUCAUAAUAUCAUAGAAUCAUAGAAUAUCAGGGUUGGAAGGGACCUCAGGAGGUCAUCUAGUCCAACGCCCUGCUCAAAGCAGGACCAAUCCCCAAUUAAAUCAUCCCAGCCAGGGCUUUGUCAAGCCUGACCUUAAAAACUUCUAAGGAAGGAGAUUCUACCACCUCCCUAGGUAACGCAUUCCAGUGUUUCACCACCCUCCUAGUGAAAAAGUUUUUCCUAAUAUCCAACCUAAACCUUCCCCACUGCAACUUGAGACCCUUACUCCUUGUCCUGUCCUCUUCUACCACUGAGAAUAGUCUAGAACCAUCCUCUCUGGAACCACCUCUCGGGUAGUUGAAAGCAGCUAUCAAAUCCCCCCUCAUUCUUCUCUUCUGCAGACUAAACAAUCCCAGUUCCCUCAGCCUCUCCUCAUAAGUCAUGUGUUCCAGACCCCUAAUCAUUUUUGUUGCCCUUCGCUGGACUCUCUCCAAUUUGUCCACAUCCUUUUUGUAGUGUGGGGCCCAAAACUGGACACAGUACUCCAGAUAACUGGACACAGUACUCCAGAUAUAUAGCACUUCUCAUCUCAAAGUGCUUAGUGUAAUUAUGCCUCAUAUCACAACCCCUGUGGUGAUUUAGGGCACUGUUAUUAUCCCCAUUUUACAGACAGGUAAAUUGAGGUAGAGGGAUUUGUCGAAGGCCACAUACAGUGGCACUCCUGACCCACGCUUACCACUGGUAACAGAGCAGCAGCUAGAGGCCUCAGCUGAGAUUACGGCCCAUCGUGCUGAAUGCUGCACAGACACAUAGUGACCAUCCUCCACAGUGAUCUUACAACUGAAAUAGACAACGCGUAGGGAAGUAAACAGGGGACAUCACACAGGAGCUCUGUGGCAGAGUCUGGGCUAGAAGCCAGCAUUCCUGGGUCCUUGGGAUCUCCCUGGACCACGCUGCCCCUCCGCAUUGCUAGCUGACAUAAAUUAGUUCCCUGUGCUUCAAACAGGAAUUAAGGCCUGGUCCUAACAUAACCUUACUCACACUAGUUGUUCCAUUGAAGACGAUGAGACGACUCCUGUGAAUAAGGUACGUUUGCCUGCAUAACAGUUUGCCACUUCAGCCUGCAGCUGGGUUGUAAGAGCUCCCCUCUAGGUCACUGAAUGUAGCACACCAGUGGCAGGGGUGGGAACAGAACCCAGGACUUGUGUGUCGCAAGAGCUACGUUAAGCAGAGGGGGGUCCAGCUCCUGUGUUAAUGGAUACAAAAGGCUACUAAAGCGGAAGCAUUUUCCCCUCACUUUGCACUGGUGUAAAUGACUGCACAGGGCGAAGGGUGAUUGAGAGUCAGGGCUUAGAAUUAGAUUCCCAGUCCUAUUAAAUAGGAAGACCCCGUGGGAGUUAGGUGCUUCAGGAUGUGAACAAGAGGUCUCCUGUAGUUAUGUAGCCACUUCAGAGGAGAUAUAUUAAUAAUAAUGCUGAAGCAUAGUUCUAAAUUCAUAAUAACCCUGUGAGUAUUUAACAAAGCCCGUGACUGGCGGUAAGCAUCUCUCCGGCAGGGUGAUGUAGAACAAGACAAGCGGUAAGCAUCUCUCCGGCAGGGUGAUGAGGAACAAGCCAAGAGUUGCCCCUUUUUUUCCCUUAACCGAUUAUGAAACUACUGCUACUCAGUGGGUUUUUUUAAGUUAUCAUGAGAAUUAUUUGGCAUCUGGUUGCUUAUGUUUGAGUGAGUUAAGGAUGAAUUUCAAUGAGACCUUGAGCGCCUUUGAAAAUCCCAUCCUAUGCACCACAGCUAAAGCAAAGACGGUUGGCUUGUCAAAUCUCAGUGGGUAUCUUUCCAGCAAUCAAGUGACAUAAAAUGCAUUACCAUUUAAAUAUGGGAUUGAGACAUCAAAUCAUAUGUACCUGGAUUUAGUUGUAAAGCUGCAAUGACCACUCAUGGAUUUAAAAACUGCAAACUCCACUUGCCUUAGCAAACAGCAAGCCCAUGCCUCUUGAUGGCUAUCUGUCUGUCAAACUGGACUAUGGCAGCCUGUCUUUUGAUGCGUUCAAGUUUAUCAGUAACAAUAGUUCCACUGAUAGAAAGCACAAAGAAAAUAAGGAAUUCUUCAUACCAAUUUAAUGGUGUUCCUGGAGUAUUUAAAACCAAAAAAAUAUAUAUAUAUCUGCAACUAUGUUCCUUUAUGACAUAUUGUCAUAUGAAGGUGUAAAUACAGACACCUCAAUUUUAUGCAAAUGGUCGCAAGACUGGCCAAAAGAAUUUGCUUUGCACUAUCAUUUGCUUUUUUGUUGUUUUUUUUUUUUAAAUGCACAAUCGCUUGUACAGUAAAACCUUUGUCUGGCUUAUGAAAUAUUUAACUGUAAAAUCUAAUUUUUUGGUCUUAUGUGUUAGAAUAAUAUAAUUCUUAAAUAUGUUGAAGGAUCCAGUUCUUAAUAAUGCUUCCUAUACUUGCGUGUGCAGGGUCAAAACCAGAAACAACCAAAAAAAUGAGACUAGAAGACCGCUCUUUCUGUAGCUAAAGAUGGCAGAGAUUUGUUUUGUUUAAAUGGAAUUUUAUGAUGGACAUUGCAAAAAUGCUAGUAACACCAAAUAAUGUGGUUAUUUGUGUAAUAUACCAGCCCUACUUGAAGGUAACUCCCUAUAUUUAAUAUGUAGCCCAUCUUUUUACCUGUAGCACUUGUCACUGGGGAGGGGCAGGGGUCUGCUCCCACUGAAGUCAUUAGCAGGAGUCUGCUGCUUUUAGCUUCAGUGAGCGCAGGAUCAGACCCCCUCUUCUUAGCCUAUUUUGUGAAUAGGUGGACUCGAGUUUGUAAGAAGCCAUAGCGAAGUGGCCAGUUCUGCUUUUCUAUUAUAAACGUCGAUGUUCUUAUCAAAUGUACGUGAUUAUCUUGUCAGGCAUCUGUGUAAUCAUUUUAAGGCCUUUCCACGUGGAAUAAUAAAUGUAUGGUUACAAGUC